AUGAAGAGCUUCUUUACCGUCCUUCUGGCCAUCCCUGCCAUCAUGGCGGCUCCCGCGCCUGCACCUGACCAGACCGCGAAGCAGGUUGUAGCUUGCGCUUGUGCCAACGAUGCUGGUGACACCAACGUUAGCGGCUAUUGCCAGUACAUUGCCGGCAGCAUUGUCAAGCUCGAUGGUCACGAUUUUUGCUUUCCUGCCGCUACUUGGUCCGAGUACAUGGAAUCCCGAUUCACUGCCGACUUUUGCCCCGGCUACUUCAAGGGCUUUCCCAAUCCUGUGUGCAAGACAGUUACUGUUUGCAAGACCAUCGGGGACUACCAAGACAUAUGUUAG